UCUAAAACAGUCACAAAUACCAACAAAACCAAUCCUUAAAUAGCAUUAUUGCACAACAUGAUUGAGACACCAUACCUCAGACAGAACUUUACCAAACUACAAAAGGCAAAGGAAACAGCAAAAAGUACAGCUCCAAAGGUACAAAAGGUAGCAAGUUAUCUCCGAGAUCGAAAGCAUUCGAAGAAGCAUUACUUACCCAGGUUAGUUUCAAUUGGUCCAAUCGAUCAUGAUAAACGGAAGCUGGAGCUGGGAGAAAACUACAAGCUUAUGUGGGCAGCAAUGUACCUUGAACGCACCCAACAACAUGAUCAAACUCUGUAUCAAAGGAUUGCAUCAAAUAUCGAACAAUUGAAAGAACGGUUUGCCGAGGAUGUCAUCAGAGACUUCCCUGGUGAUGUUGAAAAGCUGUCGUGGAUGCUAUUUGUGGAUGGAUGUUCUCUGCUACAAAUCUUGGACAGGGGAAACCUUAGACAUCCCGAAGACUUGAAUGUUAAGGUUGACCAACUGGUUCUUGUGUUGCAGGAUGUGCUUUUGUUGGAGAACCAGAUUCCCUAUGAAGUGCUUAAACUCUUGUCAGACCACCAGAACGAUGACACACUGGUAGACAGCAUGAACAAGUUUCUUGAUACCAACCAUCAUUUGUCACCAGCUAAUAAAGACCGAAAAGGAAAAGAUCAAUGCAAGGCCAAGUUUGAUAACAAGGAAGGAAACAGGUCAUUGGAUGAAUACGGGUACACAAGCGAUUAUAUAAGGAAUGAAGAUACCCUUCAUCAAGAACACAAAAUAGAGGUGGGCAAGGGGUCACCUUUUCAUCUUCUGGACCAGCUUCACAGACGUGUGGUUGGUGGUGAGUCACAACAUCAGAACACAAAGAGGUGCUUCGACACGACAACAUACAGGAACAUAAAGGAGCUGAGAGCAGCAGGGAUUAAACUGAAGUUAGGAAAAUCACGCAGGCUGAGAGACAUCUUCUUCUCUUAUCGCUGGAAGUUUCUUUGUGCCGACCUCACACUUCCUGAGAUAACAGUUGAUGAUACAACAGCUACUACUUUUCAUAACCUGAUAGCGUAUGAGAUGUGUCCAGAUUUUGAGAACAAGUUCGAGAUUAGUUCCUUUGUGGCUUUCAUGGACUCGCUCAUCGACCACCCUGAGGAUGUGAAGGAGCUGAGAUCAGCGAAGGUUCUGCACAAUUCACUUGGGAGUGAUGAGGAAGUGGCGAACCUCUUCAACACCAUAAGCGCUGACUUGGUGCCCAACUGUGAGAUCUAUUCAGAUGUUAGACGAGAAAUCGAAAAGCACUAUAAGAAGAAAUAUAGGGCUUGGAUUGCUCUUGGUUAUCAUACUUAUUUUAGUAACCCUUGGGCAAUCAUUGGUUUUUUUGCUGCCCUUUUUGCCCUAGUUCUCACUUUCAUCCAAACUUGGUUUGCCAUUCCCCCUAAAUGCUGAAAUUUCUUUCCUACUUUUCAAUUUCUGUCAUAAAACUUUCUUCAUGCGUUUGCUACUCUUUUCUAAUCAAAAUUUGGAGUUUCACUUUGUA